CACUCCCAAUUUCGCUCUAAGAAUUCAUCGCUGCGAACUCCCCCAAAUUUCUCCGUAAACUUCAAUAAUGGCGCCGAAGGCCGAGAAGAAGCCCGCUGAGAAGAAGCCGGCGGCGGAGGAGAAGAAGGCGGAGAAGAAGCCGAGAGCCGAGAAGAAGCUGCCGAAAGAUGCCGCCGACAAGAAGAAGAAGAGGUCGAAGAAGAGCGUGGAGACUUACAAGAUCUACAUCUUCAAGGUGCUGAAGCAGGUUCAUCCCGACAUCGGAAUCUCCAGCAAGGCCAUGGGAAUCAUGAAUAGCUUCAUCAACGACAUUUUCGAGAAGCUCGCUCAGGAAUCCUCCAAGCUCGCUCGCUACAACAAGAAGCCGACCAUCACCUCUCGGGAGAUCCAAACGGCGGUGCGCCUCGUUCUUCCUGGUGAGUUGGCCAAGCAUGCCGUCUCUGAGGGUACCAAGGCUGUAACCAAGUUUACUAGUUCUUAGAUUCGUAGAUUAGGGCUUUCUUGUGUAAAAAAGCUGCCUCACUCGUCUGAAUCGUUCAUCUCGCUUCUUUUUGUUGCAUAUUUUGGAAUUAACUGAAUGAUAAUCGGUUUAUAAAACGCGAUUCCUUAAGUUAUCUUCUCGAUUCUGGCCACAUUAUUAGGAUUGCACUCUGUUCGAUUUGUGUGCUGGAUUUCCAAGUUUUAACCCUAAUUUUAACUUAUUGAGUUCA